AUGAGGUCAAAGUUUAAGGACGAGCACCCCUUCGAGAAGCGCAAGGCCGAGGCCGAGAGAAUUAGGCAAAAGUACCCCGACCGCAUUCCGGUUAUCUGCGAAAAGGUCGAGAAGAGCGACAUCGCAAACAUCGACAAGAAGAAGUACCUGGUUCCGGCCGACCUGACUGUCGGGCAGUUCGUCUACGUUAUCCGCAAGCGGAUCAAGCUGAGCCCGGAAAAGGCCAUCUUCAUUUUUGUCAACGAGGUUCUGCCGCCCACCGCCGCCCUGAUGUCUGCCGUCUACGAGGAGCACAAGGACGAGGACGGCUUCCUGUACAUCACAUACUCGGGCGAGAACACCUUUGGCCAGCCGCUCUAAAACGACGUAGCCCACGCUGGAGAAGAACCGUCUUUCCAAUUCCUCUCCUU